UCAUUUCCAUAUCGCAGCAUUGUACCAUCGCAACGGCACUGUCACAGUCGUUUCUGAAAGACUAAUUCUCAGGUUCUUAUUCUCUUCAAUGCUCGUUUAUCAGGUGCUAUUAGUAUGAUUUGAUAUGUGGUAGCUGAAUGAGAGUUUUAUAGAAUCCUUAGUCUUCAAACAGGAAGAAGAUUAAUAUUUGGUCAUAUAAAAUUCAAGUUGAUAGGUAGCUUCGGUAGUGUUUUGAUUCGGGUGGCUUAUUUGUUGGAGCCUUAUGGCUCCUAAUGCAGGAGCUGAGAGGGCCUUUAGCUUUAUGAUGGCCUUGGGAAUUUCUAAGGAGGAGGUGAAGCCAGUGUUGAUAAAGCUGUUAAGAGUUUAUGAAGGAAAUUGGGAACUAAUUGAAGAUGACAAUUAUCGGACACUUGUAGAUGCGUACUUUGAUUUUGAGAAAGAGAAGGUUGUUGAAGGUGAGAGAAAACCUAAUGCCAGUGGUCAUGGCCAAAAAUCAACAGGGAAACCGUUCUUGGUAGAUGGUGAUGACCGUGCUUUAUCAAAGAUCUUUGAACAGAAAAACGUUAAGCCAUCUCGAACAUUCACGGAAGACGAUAGGCCCCAAACCAGUUCACAAGCAUUACAUUCAACCAUGAGUGAGGCCAAAAAGAUCUCUAAUUUACCUCGUGGAUCAGCUAAGGACAGACCUGAGAAAGCAUCAUCUGCACGGCACCGUGGCCAGAUCGAGAUGAACCCUGUGAAGACAAGGGCUAAAAAACCCAAAUUACUUACUUCGACGAAUCAUAAUGGAGAUCUUUGUGUUAAACCUCCGUCAAAUCAGGAUCAGGAUGUGCAAAGUAAAAAUCCUGUGCCAGACUGCAUCAAUAAUACCCGUGCUUAUAAUGGAAAUAUUACAAUCGCUAGUUCUUCACAUCUUGAAGAAGUUAAAUUAUCUUUGAAUUGUGAGUCAGCCUUGGCAGGACUAAACUUCCGUAUUCCUGAUUUGGCUAUUGUAAUGAAGUUCAUGGACAGGAAGUACCUUAGCUCAAGCAAAACUGCUGACCCUCAAUUUUCUACGGCAAAGUUAUUGGAUGAUCUUUGUAGCAUUUUUCUUAAGCUGGGGCUUCGAAAGGGAUCAAAUUCCAACCUAGCCAAUUCAGAUACACAAUACGCUAGUCUAGAAGAAAGGAAACCCUUCAAUUUUAUCAGUGACAUGACAAAAGGUUCAGAAAAGGUGAAAAUAUCGUUAAUAGAUGAAUUUGGCGGUGAAGUCUUGCCAAAAUUUAAUUACAUACCAUGCAAUAUAAUAUAUCAAAAUGCUACUGUAACUAUUUCUUUGGCCCGGAUUUCGGAUGAGGGUUGCUGUUCUGAUUGUUCAGGGGACUGUCUUUCUUCAUCAUUACCAUGUGCGUGUGCUCGGGAAACUGGUGGAGAGUUUGCUUACACUCCUCAAGGUUUGUUGAAAGAAGAAUUUCUAACUGCUUGCGCGACUAUGAAGACUGAUCCUAAAGAUCAUCAUUUUGUGUACUGUCAAGAGUGCCCUUUGGAGAAGUCAAAGAAUGAGUACAUGCCUGAACGAUGCAAGGGACAUAUGGUAAGGAAAUUUAUAAAGGAAUGUUGGAGGAAAUGCGGAUGUGACAUGCUUUGUAUGAAUCGGAUAGUGCAACGAGGUAUUGCAUGCAAAUUGCAGGUGUUCUUAACUCGAGAAGGUAAAGGAUGGGGCCUUAGAACGUUAGAAGAUUUGCCAAAAGGAACUUUUGUAUGUGAAUAUAUUGGAGAGAUAUUAACCAAUAUGGAGUUAUACGAUAGGAUAAUGCACGAGAGUGGGAAUGACAGACAUACAUAUCCAGUAACUCUUGAUGCGGACUGGGGCUCAGAAAAGGGGUUAAAGGAUGAGGAGGCACUAUGUUUAGAUGCAACAUAUAAUGGAAACGUAGGAAGGUUCAUCAAUCAUAGAUGCUAUGAUGCAAAUCUCAUAGACAUUCCCGUUGAAAUAGAGAGUCCAGAUCACCAUUAUUAUCAUCUUGCCUUCUUUACCAAUAGAAAUGUGAGUGCGUAUGAGGAAUUGACUUGGUUAGCGGUGGGAAGGCAUAGACGCUACUGUCACAAUCAAUCCUCAUUCGUAAUUAAUAUUAUAUGCAGGAUUAUGGUAUUGAUUUUGAUGAUAAAGAUCAUCCUAUUAAAGCAUUUCGGUGUUCUUGUGGAAGCGCCUUCUGCCAUGAUAAGAAACAAAAAGGGAAAGGAAAAAAAAAAAAAUCAGGUUCUUGACAUAUUCUCUUCAUUGACUCCUUCUGCGAAGCAAUCCAUGAUGAACUUGGUGCCGUGGAUCAACAUGUGUGAGGUGGCUAGAUGCACAAAUGAGAAUAGUUUUCACUUUUAUUUGUUCGUUUUGUAUGCAAAUCUGAUUUUGAAUUCUGUUGUUAAUUGUUUUGUAACAGCUCGCCCUCGUAGGGAAAUCUAAGAAGUUGGAUAUGAAUUUUUUUAAGAAUUAGAUUGAUAGUUUAAAAGACUUUUCGAAAAUGUCAUGCACUGUUUUUAGUUUUAA